CUGCACUGAGGCAGGUCGCCCUUGUGAAGAACAGGGUGCUGGCUACAGUUGGAGAUAAGGAGUGGAUCCCAUAUGUCAAGUGGUAUGGGAGUGCUCCAACUGUGAACAUGCUGAGGGCAUUUGGGUGCAUGGUGGUGUUUCAUGUGCCUAAGGAGAAAAGGGGGAAGUUGGAGGCUUCUGGAAGAUGGGGUGUGCACUUGGGGAUUGCAAAGGAUCACAAGGGGUGGCUGCUAUGGGACUUGACCACCCAGAAGUUGACACUGUCAAGGGAUGUGAAGUUUCUUGAGUCCCUGUACUACAAGGAAUGGAAGCAGCAGCAACAGAAGCUUCCAUCUACACCGCUCAUUGUGGAGGCAGAUGAGGUGCAGCAGCCUUCAAGACAGGUGGAGGUUGCAGUGUCAGAGGAGGAGAUGUCUGGGGUGACUGAGGAAGGGGGAGCAGCUGAAGUAGAGCAGCAGCAGCAGCAGCAGCAUGAGUCUCCAUCUCGAGUUCCACACCCGCCUGAGCGACCUAGGAGGGAUGUGCGCCCUCCGGUGAGGCUGACCUAUGGGGGAAGAGGCAAGCCAAAUGUGGUGCAGGCUGGGAGUGUGGUUGAGCAGAUUGAGGAAGAUGAGAUCGCUCACUGCUACUGGGCACCAAUCCCUGAGCCCAAGACUCGAGAGGAGGCCUUGAAUGGACCAAAUGGGGAGAAGUGGAAGGCGAGUGAGGAUGAGGAGUUCGGGUCCCUGAUUGAAAACGAGACAUGGGACCUGUGUGACUUGCCUCCUGGAAAGAAGGCAAUCACUUCCAAGAUGAUCUACAGGCACAAGUAUGGACCUGAAGGGGAGCUGACCCGCUACAAGUCUAGGCUUGUGGCACGGGGGUUUCAGCAGACAAAGGGGAAGGACUAUGAUGAGGUGUUUGCUCCUGUGGGGAAAGGAACAACACUGAGGGUGCUGUUAGCGAUAGCUGCACUCCUGGGAUGGAAGAUACGGCAGAUGGACAUUGUGACAAUGAGUCCGCUGUGAAGCUCGCCAAGAAUGCUUGUCUGCAUGGGCUGACAAAACACAUAAGGCCUAAGUGGCAUUGGGUGAGGAGACUCCUUGAUAAGGAGGUGCGGCUGGAGAUAGUGAAGACCCAUCAGCAGGCAGCAGAUAUUUUCACCAAGCGUCUGGCGGAGGCGGAUCAUUGGAAGGGCAUGAAGCUUGCUGGGAUGAGUGUGCAUUGAGUAUGCAUGCUUGAGAUGUGGUAUGGUGGAUGAUGGUUGGCAGCCAGAGGGGGAGAUUGUUGUGUGAUGUCAUCAUAUGCUAUCACAUUCUGUCUGCCUCCCAUCCCAUGUUUUCAACUUGCAUGUGUGGUUUGAAUGUGCAAGCAUUUGUGUGGUGUGUGUUCUGGAGUUUGGGAAUGUGUUAUGUGUUAUUUUGUUUGAGCAGGUAUUUGUGAUGAUAGAUCUUGAGAAGAUCUUUUCGACGCAACAAGAAUCUCUUCAAUUGGAGCAACAACGCGAAAGCUAUGAAGAUUCAAAGUUCAUGAGCUUGCGUUACAAUUGCGGCGGUUACUAAGUGAAGUUGUGGGGUGACUUUAUAUGGAGUUGGGACCUUUGGGGUUGGGGAAACUUGUCACUCUACUGUAACAGCUGCAAAUAGGUUGGGAACAACCAAGCUAGGUUGGCAAGGGUGGCCAACUUGGAUGGAUUGGUUGGGAAGGGACAAAGGUCAAAGUUGAGGUUCCUAUAGGGAGGGAAUCUUUGUGCUUAUGGGGUUUCCUUGGUUGGGGACUCUCUUGGGACCUUCCCUCUCAUCCCUCUCUUCCUAUCCCAACCUUUCUCUUGCUCCUUCUAAUUCCUUGUGAGAUCCUUGAACUUUGAUUGAACUCUUGAGAUUGAGUUAAGUUCUCCUCCUACAGCUUACCCCCUAGUGCGUCGAAAGCCAUAGCGUCGCGAAUACUUCAUCAAUUAACAUGAUUCAAAUUGGGAACGGUAGCUGAGAUUAAGAGCUCCAACAUAUCCAAGUUUCGCGAUAUUCCAACGGCUAGUUUUUCGUCGACGUCGUUUCUUGUGAAGACGACUUUUCUGUCCAGAAUUUCGGAUUUAUAUUUUGAGUAAUU